AUGCCCCCGGGGGACGAAUAUUCAACCGGCGGGGGCGGCAAACUCAAACUCAAAGGGAGUAAAGUGGGCGACGGCCGGGUGGAGAAGAAGAAAGCGAAAAAGGCGAAGAAGAAGGAGAAGGAGGCUGCUGGUGCUGCUUCCGGUAGUGAGGUUGUUCCGACUGAGGGGACUACGCCGGAGGACGGUGGCGAGAAGGGCAGAAGGGAUGAGUAUGGGUCGGAGACGGGGACGGUUGGUGUUGGGAAGACUGAGACGGAGAGGAAGUAUGAAGAAGUGAGGAGGAAGAGGCUCCAAGAACGACUGAAGCGCAAUGGGUACAAGACGCACAAGGAACGGGUUGAAGAGUUAAACAAGUACCUCAGUGGAUUGACUGAACACCAUGAUAUGUAUGUCUUGGUUUUUCUGACACAAAUCCAUGGGCUGGUAGCUGACGACGCCUUAGGCCGAAAAUUGGUCCCGGUUGAGAUCGAGAUGCUUUCCUUGUUUUGCACGGAGUGCUGGGUUUGUUGGGCAAGUUCUGUUUGUUACGGAGUUUGUUGGGUUUGA